AUUUUUUAUGUUCCCAUUCACUAUAGUGGGGGACAUAUGGAUUUUCCCCUGUUGGUCUGUUUCUGCCAACUUUAACAUUUUGCAAUCACUUUUGCUAUAUUGAAGAAAGCUACUUCAUAUUUGGCAUGUAUGUGUUUUUCAUGGAGCUGCACAUUUUGAGUGGUACUUUCUGAUAAUGGGUUAAAAUGAAAGUGAAUAUCUGUUAACAGUUGCACUGCAUAAGCAUGAAACAAAUUGCCUGGAUUAUUUCAUUUAUUUUUCUUACACAUACUGCUCUGAUAGGGAAUACAUGUUAUAAACAUGACUUGCGAGUUUUUCACACCUUUAUUGACAUUACACAACAGAUUAACACCAAUGAGCUGUCGAAAGUCGUUUAACCUCUAUGCCAUUAAAAUCUGUUAAAUGGACGAAUAAAGCAAUUAAGCUGUGAUCUUCGCCAUCUUUGUACCAGAUUGCAGAAUUUCCAAUUUCAGAUUUCCAGUUUGCGAAGUCAUUUUUGCCAAUUCCCAAUGGGCAGAAUAUUUAUUUAUUAGGUUGUUUACGAUGUAUCCUUGUUUGAAGCUUUAUUAUUGCAAUAUUUCUGCCUAAAUACAUGUAAUAAGAAUUGUUGGGCCUCUUACAAGUAAUAAACAUCGUAGGGUCCCAUAUAAGAAAUAAACAUGUUUACACUAAUUUUCGGGUCUCAUAUAAGUAAUAUUGUUGGGUCCCAUAUAAGAAAUACUGUUGAGUCCCAUAUAAGAAGUAUUAUAAGAAAUAUUGUUGGGUCCUAUAUUAGAAGUAUUGUUGGGUCCCAUAUACGAAACAUUGUUGGGUCCCAUGUAUAAUAAGCAUUGUAAGAAAUAUUGUCAGGUACCAUAUAAGAAAUAUUGUUGGGUCCUAUAAGAAGUAUUGCUGGGUCCCAUUUUAGAAACGGGUUUUUUACCUUCUAUAACAGACGCCGAACUAGGCUGUUUGUUUCCCCUUUCUGGUCAAAAAAAUUCCACCUAAAAAAAAAUAUAUAUUUAUUUUUAGCUCCAUCUGGCCAGCGGGGCUUAUGUCAUGGUCCUGUGUCCGUCGUGUGUCCAUGCGUGCGUUAACUUUUUCUUUAAACAUCUUCUUCUUCUUCUUUUUACAGUUUUGAGCACGAACAGUCCGUUUUUCACGAUUUAAAACGGCCGUUUUUGUAAAUAUUCACGGACAUGAAAGGAUUGUGAAUUGGCCGUGUCAAAAUUGUGAAAUGUCCGUCCAUGGCCAAUCGCAAAGAAGGAAAAAAAGCCCUGAAUCCACAACGAAUACAAUGACACAAUACAACAUAAAGCUAAUUAUGGCAUGUUCACAGACAUUCAAAUAUUUUGCAGAAAUGCAUUUGCCGUUGUUAUACAUUUUUAUACACGUAUAAUAUGUACGUAAAAACGACACCCUUCUAUUACUCAUCAUAUUAAGGGUUGCGGCAUGUGGAUAUUGUCUUUAACAUCUUGAAUGGCAAAAAGGGAUUUUUGUCCGUUAAAUGAAGGAUUUUUUGGCUGUUUUAAAGAAUUUGAAGUAUUAUAAAAUUGUUUAUAAGUUUUUGUCACAGUGUAUAUGGGUUCCUCUACCCCUCCAGUGCACAUAUUACUCCUCGUCAAAUUUUUCUUGGUCAUACGUGCACUGUUUGGGUAGAGGAACCAAUAUACACUGUAAACAAAAAACUAUAACUUAUGAUAUACAUAACAGCAAAACUUCAGUUGUAAUGUCCAAUAUACUUUUCUGUAGAUUUCAGUAAGACCCACCAAUGGAUAAUAAUAUCAAGGCCCAACUGUUGACUAUAUACUUAUAUAUAUGUGGCGCGUUUCUGAAAAAGGCCCCUUUUGUGUGAACGUCAAAUAACGGAGAAAUGACGUUGUGAAGAUAUGCAUUAUUUUCCGACGUUUAAAAAUUAUUUUAGACAAACAUCACACAAAUUUAAUCACUAUGCUAAUUCAUUUAAUUUAGAAUGUGUAACAAUACAAAUUGGCCAUAUUACAUGUAUAGUAGUAAACAACGGACAAAACUUCUUGCAAAAUUAUAUCGUCAAAAUAGUUGCAUUGAUAUAAAAACAUUUUUAGAGUUCACACAGCAUCUCUUCAAAAUUAUAGGUUUGAACAAGUUUUCAUUUGAUCAUAUAAAACGUGUACAUUAUCUGAAUAGGAAAAGAACGAACUUUAAGAACAUUUUAAAAACUCAAUUUAUUUUUGUCACAUUCAUAUGGCCUUUUUUUCUGAACCAUGUCACGUAAACAUAAUAGCAAAACCUUCUGUUAUCCAAGCCAAUAUAUAUUUUCUAUAGAUUUCAGCAAGACCCACCAAUGGAUAAUAGACAUACAAGACCCCACUGUUGACAUUAUAUGUUUACAGUCAUUGAGGCAACUGUUGAAGACACCCACAGUCUAGAAUCUAUACAGGAGUCAGAGCCUCUCAUGAUACAACAUGCCAGUGUUGACUGUGCUGAUCAUAUGCAAUCUACAGGUUUCACUUUGGUUCUUUCAGAGUCCAUGUCAACUGCUGACAGUGAAGAGCCAGGCAGUCUGACCCAUGAUAGGAGGGAGCCAAGUGAAGAGCCAGCCAGUCUGACCCACGAUAGGAGGGAGCCAAGUGAAGAGCCAGCCAGUCUGACCCAUGAGUCCAUGUCAACUGCUGACAGUGAAGAGCCAGGCAGUCUGACCCAUGAUAGGAGGGAGCCAAGUGAAGAGCCAGCCAGUCUGACCCAUGAUAGAAGGGAGCCAAGUGAAGAGCCAGCCAGUCUGACCCAUGAGUCCAUGUCAACUGCUGACAGUGAAGAGCCAGGCAGUGUGACCCAUGAUAGGAGGGAGCCAAGUGAAGAGCCAGCCAGUCUGAGCCAUGAUAGAAGGGAGCCAAAUCCUCAAGAGUCCAUGUCAACUGCUGACAGUGAAGAGCCAGGCAGUCUGACCCAUGAUAGGAGGGAGCCAAGUGAAGAGCCAGCCAGUCUGAGCCAUGAUAGGAGGAAGCCAAGUGAAGAGCCAGCCAGUCUGACCCAUGAGUCCAUGUCAACUGCUGACAGUGAAGAGCCAGGCAGUCUGACCCAUGAUAGGAGGGAGCCAAGUGAAGAGCCAGCCAGUCUGACCCAUGAUAGGAGGGAGCCAAGUGAAGAGCCAGCCAGUCUGACCCAUGAGUCCAUGUCAACUGCUGCCAGUGAAGGGCCAGCCAGUCUGACCCAUGAUGAAAUGAGGCAGCCAAAUCCUCAAGGGACAGGGACAAGAAAAGGAAUGAAACGAAAGUGGGCCAGCGAAGAGAACAUAUGUUUCAUGAACUUUUUUAGAGAUGAAUUAAGAGAAAAAAAAAUGCCAUCUGGCUCAAAAAUAAUGGGGUCCCUAAAAAUACUUACCGGAAGAACAGUGGCCCAGAUAAGGGCAAGGGUCCAUAACAUUAUUAUGGAAAAACAAAAAUGGAAAAAGAAUUGUUGAACUGUGGAAUAUGUUUAUGCCCCUGGUAGGGUGGCAUAUAGCAGUUGAACUGUCCGUCAGUCAGUCAGUCUGUCCAUCUGGCCGAAAACUUAUAUGGCCAUAACUUUUUCAAUAUUGAACAUAGCAACUUGAUAUUUAUACCCCUAUUACAAUUGGUAAUGGGGGCUAUAUAGGAGUCACGUUUGUCGGUCUGUCCCGAUAUUUCAUCCGAUCUUCACCAAACUUGGUCAGUAGUUGUAUGUAGAUAAUGUCUAGAUCAAGUUUGAAUAUGGGUCAUGCCAGGUCAAAAACUAGGUCAUGGGGUCACUUAGUAUGUUUUAAACUGUAAGUUUGUACGGACCAUAGCUAUGUUAUUUAUCGUUACAUUUUUAAAUGACUCGGUACAUUUGUUCACCAUCAUGGAACGGUGUGUCGCGUUAAAAGAAAUUACGUCAAUAUCUCAAAGGUCAAGGUCACACUUGGGAGUUCAAAGGUCAAAUGCUUGUCCGGGCCAUAGCUUUGUUUUUUAUUGUGAGAUUUUAAAAUCAUUUGGCACAUUUGUUCACCAUCAUUGAACAGUGUGUCGGGCGAAAGAAUUACGUCGAUAUUUCCAAGAACAAGGGCACAAUUUGAGUUUAAAGGUAAAAAAUGGCCAUAAUUGAGCUUGUCUGGGCAAUAACUAUGUUGUUUAUUGUGCGAUUUUAAAAUCGUUGGCUCUUUUGUUCACUAUCAUUUGACAGUGUGUCGCGCGAAAGAAUUACGUCGAUAUCUUCAAACUCAAAGUUGUAGUUUUAGUUCAAAGGUCAAAAAUGGCAAUAAAUUAUCUUGUCUGGGUCAUAAAUAUGUCAUUCAUUGUAAGAUUUUAAAAUGACUCUGUACAUCAAUUUUGUUCAAAGUCAUUGGAAGGCUUGUCAUGUGAAACAAUUCAAGAGUUCAAAGGUAAAAAUGGCUAUAAAUGAUAAUGGCAUAAUGAUUCUUAAAAAAUCGCCAUAAAUUGUAUUAUCUUGUUUUGUGAAGACAGCAUACAAAAUAGUCUGUGUCAAUGCGUUAUGUGGGGGUAUAUGUCACGUCUGUGACAAAGCUCCAGUUGGCAUGCAUGUGCAUCUUGUGAAGCUGCACAUAUUGAGUGGUGAAAAGUGAAGGUCAAGGUAAUCCUUCAAGGUUAAAUGUUAAAUAUAUUGCUUCUGUCCGUCCGUCUGAAAACUUUAAAAUUGGCCAUAACUUUUGAGCUCACCUGAGUGCAACAUGCUCAUGGUGAGCUUUUGUGAUUGCCUUUUGUCCGUUGUGCGUUGUAUGUCGUCAACAUUUUGCCUUGUGAACACUCUAGAUGCCACAUUUAUUGUCUGAUCUUCAUGAAAUUUUGCAGAACAUUUGUCACAUUGAUACCUCGACUGAGUUCGAAACUGGGUCAUGCUGGGUCAAAAAUUAGGUCACUAGGUCAAAAAAACAACAAAAAAACUUGUGAACACUGUAGAAGUCCAAUCUUCAUGUAACUUUGUCAAAAUGUUUGUCUAAAUGAUAUUUUGGUUUAGUUAAAAAUUGGUUCCGGUCCGUUGAAAAACAUGGCCGCCAGGGGCGGGGCAGUUUUCCUUAUAUGGCUAUAGAGAAACCUUGUGAACACUUUAGAAGUCAAAAUGUUUGCCUAAUCAUCAUGAAACUUGGUCAAAACAUUGGUUUUAUUUAUAUUUUGGACGAGUUUGAAAAUGGUCCAGAUCAGUGAAAAAACAUGGCCGCCAAGGGGCGGGGGAGUUUUCCUUAUGUCUUUAGUUAAACAUUGCUAACACUCUAGAGGCCACAUUUAUUGUCCAUUCUUCAUGAAAUUUGGUCAGAAGUUUGGUCUCAAUGAUAUCUUAGACGAGCUGAAAAUGGUUACGUUUGCUUGAAAAACAUGGCUGCCAAAGGGCGGGGCAUUUUUCCUUAUAUGGCUAUAUAUGGCUAUAGUAAAAUCUUGUUAACACUCUUGAGGCCACAUUUAUUUUCCGAUCUUCAUGAAACUUGGUCAGAAUAUUCAUCCCAAAAAAUAUCGUAGACAAGUUAAAAAAUGAUGCUGGUUGGUUGAAAAACAUGUCCGCCAGGGGGUGGGGCAUUUUACCUUAUAUGGCUAUAGUAAAACUUUGUUAACACUCUAUAGGCCACAUUUAUUUUCUUAUCUUCAUGAAACUUGGUCAGAAGAUUUGUCCUAAUGAUAUCUUGGAUUAGUUCAAAAAUAGUUUCGUUUGCUUAAAAAACAUGGCCACCAGGGGGCGGGGCAUUUUUCCUAAUAUGGUUAUGUAUCAUGCUUUACUAAAACAUUGUAAACACUCUGUAGGCCACAUUUAUUUUCCGAUUAUUAUGAAACUUGGUCAGAUGAUUUGUCCUAAUGAUAUCUUGGAUGAGUUCAAAAAUGGUUCUAGUUGGUGGAAAAACAUGGCCACUAAGGGGGCGUGGUAUUUUUCCUUAUAUGGCUAAAGUAAAACCCUGUUAAACUCUAGAAGCCAUAUUUAUUGUACGAUCAUCAUGACACUUUGUCAGAAGAUUUGUCCCAAUGAUAUUUGGACAAGUUUGAAAUUGGUUCCAGUUGCUAAGAAAAACAUGGCCACCAGUGGGCGGGGCAUUUUUCCUUAUAUGGACUUAUGAAUCUUCUUGAAACUUUGUCAGUAUAUUAGUUUAAAUGAUAUCUUGGAUGUGUUUUUCACGUUGACAUUUGAAGCUUUAACUUUGUAUGAUUCUAAAUAUGUGUCAAUGCUGUCAGUUGAAUUUUGAAAUAUGAAGUUUUACAUUUUUUGUAGAUUAAAUAAUUUGUAAAAUGUUGCAGUUUAGUCAAUCAGUUUUAUAAGAUAUUGAGCUUUAGUUAUGAUGCAGAUUGUAAGAUUCUUAAUAUCUUUCAAUAUUGUGGAUAAGUUUUUGAGAUAUCAAGCUUUGAGUUUUAUGCAAAUUGUAUGAUUUUAAAAUGUUUUAAUGGUGUUGAUCAGUGUAAUGAAGAUUGCAUAAUUUUUAUGUUUUAAUUCUGUCUAUUGGUUUUCAAAAUGAAAGACUUUGAUUUUGUAAGUGCACUUUUAUCUCCUGAAAGAUUCUUUUCUAGUGUUUAGUUUAUAUUUUAAGGCUGUUUGCAAACUCGAAGUGAAAACAGUUCUAUUACAAUUUGGUAAGGACAUGACAUUGCAUAUCUGAUUUUAAAAUGUACUUUGCUGGCAACGUGUAAUUUUCUGAAAUGUCUUAGUAAGACUGUUGUUUGCAAUCAAAAGGUCUGUGCUUCAAAUACAGGGUAAUGCAUGUUUUUUGUCCAAAUUUAUGGCGAUUCAGACAUUGUUCUAUGUAAAUUUGGGGUUUGCUUGAAGGUUCAGUCUAUUUUUAUGUCCCUCACUAUAGUAGUGGGGGACAUAUUGUUUUUGUCCUGUCUGUUGGUUGGUUGGUUGAUCUGUUUACGCCAACUUUAACAUUUGCAAUAACUUUUGCAAUAUUGAAGAUAGCAACUUGAUAUUUGGCAUGCAUAUGUAUCUCAUAGAGCUGCACAUUUUAAUUUUCUGAAAGGUCAAGGUCAGAGGUCAAAUAUAUGUGGCCAAAAUCGCUCAUUUUAUGAAUACUUUUGCAAUAUUGAAGAUAGCAACUUCAUAUUUGGCAAGCAUGUGUAUCUCAUGGAGCUGCACAUUUUGAGUGGUGAAAGGUCAAGGUCAUAAUUCAAUGUCAUAGGUCGAAUAUAUGGCUUCAAAGCGGCGCAGUAAGGGGGAUUGUGUUUUACGAACACAGCUCUUGUUGUUAACUGCCUUUUUAGUCCCUUACCAGUGUUUCACUAAAGUCCGUGUACUUUGGACUCAUUUCAAGUUGACAUUUGAAGCUUUAACUUUGUAUGAUUCUAAAUAUGUGUCAAUGCUGUCGGUUGAAUUUUGAAAUAUGAAGUUUUUCAUUUUUUGUAGAUUAAAUAAUUUGUAAAAUGUUGCAGUUUAGUCAAUCAGUUUUAUAAGAUAUUGAGCUUUAGUUAUGAUGCAGAUUGUAAGAUUCUUAAUAUCUUUCAAUAUUGUGGAUAAGUUUUUGAGAUAUCAAGCUUUGAAUUUUAUGCAAAUUGUAUGAUUUAAAAUGUUUUAAUUUGUUGAUCAGUGUACUGAAGAUUGUAUACUUUUUAUAUGUUAUAAUUCUGUCUAUUGGUUUUCAAAAUGAAAGACUUUGAUUUUGUAAGUGCACUUUUAUCUCAUUAUGCCCCCCUUCGAAGAAGAGGGGGUAUAUUGCUUUGCUCAUGUCGGUCGGUCUGUCGGUAUGUCAGUUUGUCGGUCCGUCCACCAGGUGGUUGUCAGACGAUAACUCAAGAACGCUUGGGCCUAGGAUCAUGAAACUCCAUAGGUACAUUGAUCAUGACUCGCAGAUGACCCCUAUUGAUUUUGAGGUCAAAGGUCAAGGUCACGGUGACCCAAAAUAGUAAAAUGGUUUCCGGAUGAUAACUCAAAAAUUCAUACGCCUAGGAUCAUGAAACUUCAUGGCUAGAUUGAUCAUGACUUGCAGAUGACCCCUAUUGAUUUUGAGGUCACUAGGUCAAAGGUCAAGGUCACGGUGACCCGAAAUAGUAAAAUGGUUUUCAGAUGAUAACUCAAGAACGCAUAUGCCUAGGAUCAUGAAACUUCACAGGUAGAUUGAUCAUGACUCACAGAUGACCCUUAUUGAUUUUGAGGUCACAAGGUCAAGGUCACGGUGACCCGAAAUAGUAAAAUGAUUUUCGGAUGAUAACUCAAGAACGCUUUUGCCUAGGAUCAUGACACUUCAUAGGUACAUUGAUCGUGACUCACAGAUGACCCCUAUUGAUUUUCAGGUCACUAGGUCAAAGGUCAAGGUCACAGUGACAAAAAACGUAUUCACACAAUGGCUGCCACUACAACGGACAGCCCAUAUGGGGGGCAUGCUUGUUUUACAAACAGCCCUUGUUAAAGAUUCUUUUCUAGUGUUUAGUUUAUAUUUUAAGGCUGUUUGCAAACUCGAAGUGAAAACAGCUCUAGUACAAUUUGGUAAGGACAUGACAUUGCAUAUCUGAUUUAAAAAUGUACUUUGCUGGCAACGUGUAAUUUUCAGAAAUGUCUUAGUAAGUAAGACUGUUGUUUGCAAUCAAAAGGUCUGUGCUUCAAAUCCAGGAAAAUGCAUGUUUUUUGUCCAAAUUUAUGUCAAUUCAGACAUUGUUCUGUGUAAAUAUGGGGUUUGCUUGUAGGAUCAGUCUAUUUUUAUGUCCCCCACUAUAGUAGUGGGGGACAUGUUGUUUUUGCUCUGUCGGUCUGUUGAUUGGUUGGUUGGUCUGUUUAUGCCAACUUUAACAUUUUGCAAUAUUGAAAGUAGCAACUUGAUAUUUGGCAUGCAAAUGCAUCUCCUGAAGCUGCACAUUAUCAUUGGUGAAAGGUCAAGGUCAUCCUUCAAGGUCAGAGGUCAAAUAUAUGUGGCCAAAAUCGCUCAUUUUAUGAAUUCUUUUGCAAUAUUGAAGAUAGCAACUUGAUAUUUGCCAAGCAUGUGUAUCUCAUUGAGCUGCACAUUUUGAGUGGUGAAAGGUCAAGGUCAUCCUUCAAGGUCAGAGGUCAAAUAUAUGUGGCCCAAAUCGCUUAUUUUAUUAAUACUUUUGCAAUAUUGAAGAUAGCAACUUGAAAUUUGGCAUGCAUGUGUAUCUCAUGGAGCUGCAAAUUUUGAGUGUUGAAAGGUCAAAGUCAUCCUUCAAGGUCAGAGGUUAAAUAUAUGUGGCCCAAAUCGCUUAUUUUAUGAAUACGUUUGCACUAUUGAAGAUAGCAACUUGAUAUUUGGCAUGCAUAUGUAUCUCAUAGAGCUGCACAUUUUGAGUGGUGAAAGGUCAAGGUCAUCCUUCAAGGUCAAAUAUAUGGGUCAAAAUUGCUCAUGUUAUGUUACUUCUGCAAUAUUGAAGCUAGCAAUUUUAUAUUUGACAUGCAUGUGUAUCUCAUGGAGCUGCACAUUUUGAGUGGUGAAGGGUCAAGGUCAUCCUUCAAGGUCAAACGUUAUAUACGGGGCAUUGGGUUUCACAAACGCAUCUUGUUGUGUAUGUAAUUAAUUUUGCUUAAUUUUUGUGAUCCCCCGCCAACAGCGGAGGGAUAUUAAUUUGGCAUUGUCCGUCUUUCCGUCUGUCCGUCCGGCACUUUUGUGUCCGGAACCAUAUCUUGGAAGUGCUUUAGCAGAUUUCAUUGAAACUUGGUACGAGUAUAUAUAUAUGGAUAAGAGGAUGAUGCACGCCAAAUGGCAUUGUACAUCCUUGAUUAAUAGCGGAGUUAUGACCCUUUGUAUUUGAAAAAAAUGCUUUUUUUGUGUGUCCAGAGCCAUAACUUGUAUCCAGAAGUAUAAUGGCGGGGGAUAUCAAUUCAACGAAUUUGCUUGUUAAAUCAGUUUUUAUUUUCAUGAUAAUCAUUUAGUUCGUACUGCAACUUAUGAUGGAUUGUUACUACUAUCUCCAAUUAUUUGUUUGUCAUGGGUCCGUCACCAUUUAUCUCUUAUAUAAUACUUGAAUUGAGCAUUUCACAAUCUGACAAUCAUGCAUAUCAUUUAUUAGUUUCAUAAUAAAACGUCUGACAAGGGUCAGAUAAUUUUAA